CACCGCUCCGGGCUCCAAGAUCCCCCGGCCCCCGACCCGGGAGACCCACGCCGCGGAGAGGAAGAACGGGGCAGAGGGGCCUGGUGUCCCCGAGGCAGCCGCAGGGCCCGGGGCCCAGACGGGAAAGAAAGAUGGAGAAACGGAGUGAGACAACCCUGCACACUCACACUUCUGCUGGGUUCCUGGGACUGCGAGAAGCGGGGAGGGAACGAUUCUCGGCCUCUUCUACUUCGUAGGGGCCUUCACCUCAGCCUGCCGGUCAGCCACCCAGCCACCGCCAUCUUGAAACCUCGCGCCCCUCCGCCAUCCUUACGUCACUUCCUAUUCCUAAGGACCCAGGAUCUUAGCGUUUCUUGGCCCUGGCACCAUAGAGACGAACCAAGACCCCCAGGACCAGAGUCUCUUCCGCUCCACAUCAUACCGUAUUGGUUGAUUCAGUGCUAAGGGCCCGCCCCCAUGGCGCAGAACCGCAGUAAUUGACACUUCUUUAGACCAAUAGAAAGAAAAACCUAGCGGGUCGGAUAGGUGAUUGGCUGAUGAGAGGACUACUUUGCCUCUCCGACCGAGAAGAUUUGACUUAAUUUCCGGAAGCUCUUGUUACGGCUGUGCAGGAUACCGGCCUUUUCGGGCCAGGGUGCUGUUUUGCGGACAGUCGGCUGGACUUGUUAGUUUUUGUUUUUUUUUUGUUCUUUGUUUUUUUUCCUGAUGUAAGCAAGUGUGGUCUCUUGAGAGUGUCUGUCUGAAAACGGAUCCCUGAAUAACAUUUGCUAGUGUGCCUGUUGCGCUUUGCUACCAUCACGGCCGUUCCCAAGUUUAUAGGCACAACAGAACGUUUGUAGACCUGAGCGAACGAAUCAUCAGUGCCCGUGUGAAAGUCCCAGAUUGUUCGUAAACUAUAGAUUAAUCUACGUUCUCAGAUAUUAUCAUGAAGUGAAAACUCCAGUUUCUGACUGAGUUUGGAAGACCAUCAGCAACAUUCCAAUUCAGAUAUUUAGUACUGAAACAUUUUUGUUGGAGAAAUGUCUUCAGAAUCAGAAGAGGAUAAAGCGAGGCUGGUUCAAGCUGCCAAAACAUUUUUCCUUCACAUGCAAGAUCUUGCUGCCUUCACUAACAUGCUUAUUGAAUUGUUUAACAGCACUAUGAAUACUCAGAUCCAGUCCAUAACUGUGAAAGAAGAUGAUAAUGCCAAGGAUGUCUUUGAACAAAUGUUCAAAAUUUUUAAAGAGAUGCAAUCUGUAGUGGAGACAAAGUAUGACCAAAUGCAAAAGGAACCUUUAUAUUCCAAGAUUGCAACAGCUGUUUGCUCUGUGGUUGAGAAUACCACCAAUGUAAAGGAGUUGCAGCAGUCAGCUAAAGAAGUGUUCAAAACUGUUCAAACACCAGUCAUUCUCUCUGCAUUGAAUAGUAGUAACAUCCUUAGGAUUUUGGAAUCUUCUCUUUCACUCUUGAUGAAAUAUCCCGUCAUGAAUCUUCAGUUAGGUGACCUCUAUAGAAAAGACACCAAAGAGCAAUCAGAUGCCAACACAUCCAAGAAAAACACAAGUCCGGGUCCAUCCAAAAUUGGUACAAUAGACAUCUUGAAAAAAUUGCAGGAUGCGCUAGAAACUGAGGAUUCCAAGAAUACCAUCAAGUCAAUUGCAGUUCAGUUGGAGGAGGUUGUCAAAACAAUAGCGCCUAUCUUAGAAGUCCUCCAAAAAGCCAUAAAUACUAUGGAAACCAAGGUUUCUGUGCCCAAGAAAGCCAAUUACUAGUAGGAGUGCAACAGAACUGCUCAUUUCUAUCAGAAAAUCAUUUCGUAUCCUGUGAAUAUUUGGAGUAUGUUUUAAGACCUUUGAUGCCACAAAUGAGUUAUGUUAGGACAGAAGUACAAAGAGUAGUCACCCAGUAGACCAUUUACCUCAAGUUUUGCUUUAUUCAAAUAAAAAUAAUCAAAGAAAA